UCCUCGCCGCAGACGCUUCGCGGCAACCAACUGGACAACCAGCCCGGCCUGGAUCCACAGCGUCGCACAACGGUUCCGUUGAAACCCGCGUCUCUACCAGCGCCGUGUAACCAACUCGCCACGUUUCCACCGAUCAUCCGGAGCAUCGCGUCUCUUCGUCUCUCCUUCUGAUCUGCUUGCUUCGUCCGAACCGUUGGCCUGUGUUUUCGCCUCGGUUUCCUGCUCGUCGACUGGUAGUGCGCGUAUCGUGCGCGUUCACACGGUUCAGUUUAUCGCCACGGUGGGCACGACUCCCCUGUACGCUUAAUUUAGGUUAGAAGAACCACCCGGUACAAGGGUGAACGCGAAAGUGAGAGUGCAAUGGAUUAUGGACGUAUCGGGAAGAUUUUGAGGUUAAGGUACGAAAAGUUAGUGAUGACGAGAAGCAUCGAUGAGGACGAUACGGUUCGUUGUCGGUUGGACUGUCCGUUGAAGUAAUGAGCUGGUGGCUCGGGUGGACUGGUUCUUAGUGUAUUACGCCCGGAGGAUAGGUUAUCGGGGGAAGAUGAGAGAUAAACGCGAACCUCGUGGUGGCAAUCCGUCAUGAACUGGCUUGAACAGUGUCCGUCGGCAAAGAAACUGAGGGAAGAGUACUUUGUGCUCGGGAAAUAACUGAAGCGUGCGCGAGUAUUUCGAAGUUUCUGUCGUGAAGUGUGUAUUCUAUGAUAGAAUUCUGAGACACUAUGCGAGUAGGAUAUCAGGGAUGGGUUGUUAACGAUUUACAGGUGGCCAAUGAUCGAACAGGUGCCCUGUACGAAGACAAUGAUCCCUCCAGGCAACUUGCAGCGGAUGGAAUCCGUUAGGUAACGACCUGAAAUUCAAAUUGUCAAGUAGAUCGAGGGACAAAGCGAAGACGAGUGUUUGGCAGUCGUCAUGGAAGAGUUAAAGACUUAAAACAAGAUUUUACAUUUUCGCACCGAUCAACUCGGUAAAACACGAAAGAAAUCUUCUUAAGAAGAAAAAGAAAUAAAAAAGAAAAAGAAAGGGAAACAUGUCGAACACACCACCGGAAUCAUCCACCGGUUUAGAUUCGAACGAUCUCCAUGAGAUCAGGCAGAAUUAUCUAGCGGCCAGGCUGGAGCCCGACGAGUCCGAGAAACGGGAUCAGAUACGAGGAAGUGACGGCAACAAUCCUGACAGCGAUUGCGAAAGCGACACCAGCGAAGUGUUGAGCGUCGGUAGCGAACCGACGCCCACAAGCGUCGUUGGUAUCCGCGGUUGUAGCUCGGUCAGGUACGAGCAGGAAUCGGCGAGCAGUCGUGGUGACUUUCGCGACGAGGAGAACACGAGGACAUCGGCGACACCAUCGCCUUCUAGUUCAGCGAGCUGUAACGAUGCGUUCUAUCAACGAACCGGUAAUCACAUCUCGGCACCGAGUCCACCGGCGUACAGUCAGCCACCGUCAUCGCCCACGGCAUCCUCAGUCAGGUCACCGGCUUCGUCUUCAGCCACUGCUUCGUCCCCGGGUCGGCCCGAAGCGAUUCAAGAGGUCAUAGUGCCCAGGUAUCAAUCCAAUCAUCCUGCACACUUGCUACCACGAUAUUCAUCGAGGGAAACCGAGAUUCCCGACUAUCCUACUCGAGUUCAGCAUAGUCUGAGUCACGAGAUCGUUUACCCGACCGUGGAAAGGCUUCACCGGACUCCGAUCAGCGUUCCUCUAGUGACCAGACUGUCGUUGUCACCACCGUCGGCCAUGACAGUUACCGGUCUGCAAGCGACCACUCCUGUUCUCCAUCCAACAGCUUGCAGAGAUCCUCGAGAAACCGCCUCGCUAAUGCCUCAUCCUGGCCAGCAUUUGCAUCACGCGAACAGCCACGUUCACCUUCAUCAGACGUCCCAGAUACAACACGUUCCGGCAAACUCGGUUCACCAGCAUCGACUUUCGGUCAGCAAGAUUCUUCAAAGGGAACCUGGCAGCCCUUCCUCACCCGGGGCGAGAGAGGAAAACGGAAGGACGAUGCAUGGCGCCAAUGGAGUUCAGAAUAAUGGCAUCAAUAACAGUAACCAUCAUAAUAACCAUAAUAACAACAACAAUCUGCAGCAUCAGGCUGGCUUGAAGUUCAGUAUAGACAACAUACUCAAGGCGGACUUCGGUAGGAGGAUCACCGAUCCCAUAUCAUUGAAGAAGUCUCGACCGAAGAAGGUCAGCUCGAGACCCAUUGACUUGACCAAGGACUUUCUAGAGUCGACUACCGAAACCACGGAGAAGAGCAGCUCGGAAACAAGCUCGACGACCAAUACCUCGUCCGGUGGUGGUGUGGCGACCGGGAAUCCUGCCUCGAACACGCCUGUACCACCUGUGACCGAUCCUGGAAAGCAGUUACCGUGGCCUGCCUGGGUCUACUGCACCAGAUACUCGGAUCGACCUUCCUCUGGACGAAGAUCCUACCGUGUUGCAGGUCCACGAACGAGGAGGGUGAAGAGGUCGGACGGCCGUGGCAAUGGCGGCACACCCGAGGAAAAGCGUCCGCGGACCGCGUUCAGUGGCGAACAAUUGGCCAGGCUGAAGAGGGAGUUCGCGGAGAAUCGAUACCUGACCGAACGAAGGAGGCAACAACUCUCGAGGGAUUUGGGUUUGAACGAGGCGCAGAUCAAGAUCUGGUUUCAGAACAAGAGGGCGAAGAUCAAGAAGGCCAGUGGCCAGAAGAAUCCUCUCGCCCUUCAGCUGAUGGCCCAGGGUCUUUACAAUCAUUCGACGGUGCCUCUAACGAAAGAGGAAGAGGAACAAGCGGCGGAACUCCAAGCGAAAUGACGACAAUAGGAUCGAUCGAAUAAUUGAAGCUAAACUUAUCGACGAGCUCGUUCGACGUUUCGAGAUCUUGUAAGAACUCUCAUUUCUCGCGUCGAAUGUCGAUCGCGAGAGAAUGAAAACGUGUCGUUGAUAACAUAUCUGGUGAACCGUGAAAACGGGAGUGGUUGUAUGAAUGCGUUAGUCUUAGAUAAUUUAACGUUCCUCCCGUAAAUUUUGUACGAAAGAUCGUCAUCGAGACCACAGCCACUUGCGCUCCAAAGAUUGUACAUCUACAUUCUAUUAUCGAUUUCCUGAAAUUCGAAAAUGAUUACAUAGUCAAAUUAAGAUUAACUUAGUCGGUUGCCUUUGUUUCUUCUAUAUUUAAAAAUUCGGAUAUUUAUUUCGUGGAAAAAAAAUUCAAUGCCACCGACCGAAUAUUUAAGCGACUGCUGAACGAAUUUUUGUAAUUCGUUGUCUUAGAGCUUCCCAUUUAACUUGAGACCGAUAAAACCGCGACGCGACGUAUCCUGCGACAGGAAAGCUCAUGAGUUACCGGCGUUAUGAAUCGAAUGAUGGUGGUCGUGCGCGCGGCGAUCGCAACGAUAGCUAUCAUUCAACAUCGUUUGUAAGGGAGGAAUUAGCACGUACGUUCCUAUAUCACGAAUAAAAAUGUCGUAUUUAGAACCAGGGGAAUGAACGGAGUAAUCGAUCGAUCGUCGUGAUUACACGCGAAUCGUGUAAAUCAUGGUGAAAUGGGUUGUACAGUGCCAUUUGUACAGUUUUCUCGCGAACACAGUAGAUCGAAAAAAAACGAAUAGAAGUCAUCGUUCUCUGAUAAAGGAACCAGUAUUCGGGGGA